AUGCCGCAAACACUCCAAGAAAAGAUCGUCAGUCGUAUGGAGCAGGAGAACUUUGCUCGUCGACAGAACCGUCGUGCCAAAUUCGGGGCGGAGAUGACGGCACUCCAGGUUUAUUUUCAAACUGAGCAGGACAAGCUCCACGUUCAGUACGUAGCUCAAGCAGAAAAGGUGGACCAAGAUUAUCACGCGGACAUGAUCACAAUUUGGACAGCCCAGCAGAAAUGCGUGGAAGAGAUCAAGGAAGAGUUUUCCCGAGAUCCUGACGCAGCCCACGCGAAAUACGGGCCGAAACCAGCGGAGCCACCAGCGGCGAACACGCGCACGCAGUAUCUGCGCGUGCAUGGUGCUGUUCACCCAACACCAGCAUUGCCAACAAACACUGUGGAGGGCAACAGGGUACAGCCACACGUCCCCUUCGGAGGCGUUCCAUCUCAGGAUGCUCGUGGCAACAAGCGAUCAGCCUCGGUGUGGGUGACUCCCUCGCCGCGUCCCAUUCUACCAAACCCACCAGGACGUCUGCCACUGUCUGCGCCACAGACUCGAUCUCCCGCUGGCCAGCCUCAGCAAGAGCCCGUCGGUAGUGGCGGUCCAGUGGACAUCCCGCUUGCCGCGACGUCAGGAGGCGCGCUCCUGGAACAGACGCCGACCAGACCCGGCGGUAGCAAGCGACGCAAGAUGACAAGUGAAGGCGAACUUUGCGAAGAUGGAGAGGAUGGAGAAGAUGGAGAAGACGGAGAAGAUGGAGAAGAUGGAGAAGAUGGAGAAGAUGGAGAAGACAGAGAACACAGAGAAGACUUGGACAAGGUAAGCUCGAACGGGUCGAGAGAUGUCAGACCACGACUUGGUCCAGAACACCUUGUUGACUUGACUUCGGAGGGUUCGUGCUCAUAA